AUGGCGAAGAACAAGAGGCAGGCAUACGCCGUGAGCGAGAAGGCAGGCGAGCAGACCUCGGCCGAGUCAUGGGGCACAGGUCGUGCUGUCGCACGUAUCCCUCGUGUCUCUGGUGGCGGUACACACCGUGCCGGCCAGGCCGCGUUCGGCAACAUGUGCAGAGAAGGCCGCAUGUUCGCGCCCACCAAGGUCUGGAGAAAGUGGCAUCAGAAGAUCAACUUGGGCCAGAAGCGCUUCGCAACCGCCUCGGCCAUCGCCGCCUCUUCUGUUCCCGCCCUCCUGCUCGCCCGCGGCCACCGCAUCUCGACCGUCAGCGAAGUGCCCCUCGUCAUCUCGAGCAAGAUCUUCGAAGGCGCCGCGUUGGUCAAGACGUCUGCCGCCGCAGCCCUCUUGAAGGCCGUCGGCGCAGGCCCGGACAUCGUCAAAGUGCAAAAGUCCCGCAAGCUCCGAGCCGGCAAGGGCAAGAUGCGAGGUCGCCGCCACCGACAGCGCCGUGGUCCCUUGGUCGUCUACAACCCCGAGACGGACGGUCGGGAACUGGUCCGCGCGUUCCGCAACAUUCCCGGCGUGGAGACGUCGUCGGUGUUCGCGAUGAACUUGCUUCAACUCGCCCCGGGUGGUCAUUUGGGCCGCUUCAUCAUCUGGACCUCUGCUGCUUUCGCGGCGUUGGAUACCAUCUACGGGUCUACGACUGAACCGUCGGCGCUGAAGAAGGAUUUCCUCCUGCCCAGCAACGUCGUCUCCAACGCAGACGUCACUCGUCUGAUCAACAGCUCUGAAAUCCAAUCGGUGCUCAGAGAACCAAAGGGCUACGCGACUACCAAACGUACCGGUGUGCAGAAGAAGAACCCGCUCCGCAACAGACAGGUCCUGCUUCGUCUCAACCCUUAUGCCGCGCAGUACACGAAGGACAAGAUGGGUCAGAAGGGCGUGGAACAUGGCAAGCCGGAGCCCGUCAACGCCAAGUUCCAUGAGACCUUGCACGAAAAUUAG